AUGCCAUCCCAAUCGGAAGCUAAGGCACAGAACGUUGCGCGUGGUCACAAGGCAGCGAUCAGCAACCCGAACGUCUCGGAGGAGGCUAAGGAACACUCCCGCCAAGUCCUCGAGGAUAUCGAGGGAACCAGCGACCGCGACGCCUUCGUGGCGAGCACCGGGACGGAGAAACAUUCCAACUAUGACUCUGACCGUGCUGCUAAGACGGCCGGCGACGUACGUGUUGCAAAUUGUCAGGAGAUCCUCUGCUCAGCCUCGUUUGUAGUAAAUGUCACCGCGAUGCACGGAAUCCAGGAAACUGCAACGACGAAGUAG